CCGGCAUAAAUAUAUAUUAUUCACCACUCACUAGUUACAGCCGGCCAAACAUAUUUUGUAGCUUCUGUUAGCAUCUAUUUCAGACAGUUUUUAAUCACCCCUCAUUGUAAACUCACAGCUUUUACUUGUUAAUGACAUCUCAUCAUUGUAAAUUCAGCCAACUGUGUUUGCAUCAUAUAACCUCAUUAAAACAAGCACAAUGUCAUUUCAUGCAUAAACCAUGUUCAAACUAAAAGUCUCUUUCUUAAAAAUGCGCGGUAUUCAAUCCGUUCUAGUGGUUUCUUUUGUGUUUGUUCUUCUUUUUCCAAUCGGAAAGGCGGAAACCGAAGAUGUAGUGGAAGCAUUGGUUGAUUUCAUGGAAAAACUUGGGCCUGGUAGCAUUCAAAACACACCAAACUGGGGUUGGAAUGUUUCAUCAGACCCAUGCACAGAUCACUGGUAUGGUGUUAAGUGUGACAGCACCAACCAAACAGUUCAAAAAAUUGUUCUGGAACAAAUCAGCUUAUCAGGAACCGUUGAUUUCGAAUCCGUUUGCAAAGAAACUUCACUUCUGUUACUUAGCCUGAAGUACAACAAUCUUACAGGAAGCUUACCACAAGAAAUAUCAAACUGCAAACGACUUCGGCUUUUGUAUCUAAAUGGGAAUCACUUUUCGGGUGAUCUUCCAGGUUCGUUGACCGGUUUGACCGAUUUGGUAAGGAUUGAUAUAUCUAACAACCAGCUCACUGGUGAGUUGCCUGAUAUGUCAAGAAACUUGGGCCUGAAAACCUUUUUGGCCCAAAACAAUCAUUUUACUGGUGAGCUGCCAAACUUCAAUUAUCACCAACUUGAAUUUUUUGAUGUGUCAAAUAACGAUUUGACUGGUCGAGUUCCGGAUGAUACGGGUCGUUUUGGCGCAAAAAGCUUCGCGGGUAACCCACGGUUAUGUGGGAAAGAGUUGCCGAACGCUUGUGUGUCGAAAAAGAAAGACUCACAUGGUUUUCUUAUGUAUUCCGGAUUGGCAAUUCUUGGUUUGAUUGUUCUUGUUUUGAUUGGUCUUGUGAUCCUCAAGAAGAGGCAGAAUCUUGAGGAUGCCAAUAUUGGCACAAUGAAAAAAGGAGAUAAAAGUAUAAAAGAUAAUGGUGGUUCAAGUGAGUCAAAGGUUGGUCAAAGCAGGUCGGAGUUCUCGAUAACUUCGGCUGAAAAUGGUGUAGUUUCGGGUUCGCUUGUUCUUUUGAGCCCGGUGGAAGCGGUUAAUGGGCUGAGAUUUGAAGAUCUGCUUAGAGCUCCGGCCGAAUUGAUUGGGAGGGGGAAACAUGGAAGUCUUUAUAAAGUCCUUCCAAAUGAUGGGAUUCCACUUGUUGUUAAAAGGAUUAAAGAUUGGGAGAUUUCAAAAGAUGAGUUCAAGAAAAGGAUGCAAAGAAUAGAUCAAGUGAAACACCCUAAAGUGUUACCAAUAGUUGCAUAUUAUUGUUCUAAACAAGAAAAGUUACUAGUUUAUGAGUUCCAGCAGAAUGGCAGUCUCUUUAGGCUUCUUCAUGGAUCACAAAAUGGACAAACUUUCGAUUGGGGAAGCAGACUAAACAUCGCGUGCAACACAGCAGAAGCGCUAGCGUUCAUGCACACAGAGCUUAAAGACGACAAAAUAGCUCAUGGAAACUUAAAAUCAUCAAACAUUUUGCUUACAAAGGACAUGGAUUCUUGCAUAAGUGAAUACGGUCUAAUGGUGGUAGACGAUGGUUCACACAACAGCAACGCCUUCAGCGUUGAUGUGUAUGCAUUUGGUGUGGUUCUACUAGAGUUGCUAACAGGGAAGCCGGUUCAGAGUAGUGGGCUUGAUCUGGCUAAGUGGGUUACCUCGGUGGUCAAGGAAGAAUGGACCGGUGAGGUGUUUGAUAAAGCUUUAGUGGUUGAAGGUGCAAGUGAAGAAAGGAUGGUGGGUUUGUUGAAGAUAGCUUUGAAGUGCAUAAAUGGUUCACCUGAUUUGAGACCUGGUAUGGAUCAAGUGGCCACAAUGAUAGUUUCUUUGAAGGAAGAAGAUGAAAGAUCAUUGGCUUCUUCUGAUCCAUGAUUUCAAAGACAAAGAUGUAAAAAAUCUGGAUCAUGGUUUUCUCUAAAAGGAUAAUCAGGAUUGAUGUUAAUGUUGGUGCGAAAAUCCAACCAGUUGGUCUACCAGCCGUUAAAAAAAAGGAUUGAUGUUAAUUUAUAUGGUUUUCAUAAGGCUCAUUUGUUUUUUGUUUCUUUGUAUUGAAGAAUAACUGCAUGAAUGGUACUCAUUAGUUUCUUGAAUGUUUA